CUGACUUCACUUUAGACGUAGUCGUCGGCGGAAGCAGUUCGCAAGUCUCCGGUUUUCCGAUUCAAUCCGGCACGCGCUUACGGCUUUGUUAGUUAGUUUUCGCAACCGUCGGCGAGGCAUGUGAUAUGAGAAAAGCCCUAAUGCUAGUGGAAACCUAAUCGACAAACUAACGAUAACUUAAGAAACAUAUUAAUUCUAAAUUAAACCAUAAUAAAUACAUUAAAAAUAAUAAUAAUGAGUGAUCAGGCAAAGGAGAUCGAGGCUCUGCCACCCCCUUUGCAGGACUUCAAGGCCCCGGAUCUUCCGGACAACAAACCAGUGCUCUUCUUUCAUCCGUACAACUUCCAUGCGCAAAAAGUUCUCAUGGUUUUCUACGAGAAGAAAAUCGACUUCUUUCCUUAUGUGGUGGACCUGUGCAACGGCGAGCAGUAUUCGAAUUGGUUCCUAAAUCUCAAUCCCAAGGGCGAUGUGCCAGUGCUCCAGGACGGAGCCUUCGUCAUUCCUAGCUCAACGCACAUUAUCAACUAUGUGGAGAGCAAGUUCCGAGGAGGUAACUUAACGCUAAAUAACUUGUUGGAUUACUUAAUAGACUUUCAUAUUUCAGGAGCUCAUCGUUCGCUGAAGCCCGCGCACAACUCCAAGGAAUUCGACCAGAUGUUGGUCCUCGAGCAAGCCAUUGCCCGCCUGCCAGUGGGAACUCUCAGCCUUGGUUCCUUCAUCCACGAUGACCUGAAGCUGGUGCCCAAGGCGCCUUUUAUAGGACCCGUGCGCCAGUCCUGCCUGAAAAACAACGAAAAGGUCUUGGACCUGCUACGCCACUCCGUGGACGAUCAGUCGACCAACAAGGCAGCACUUCAGCACAAGCUAGACAUCCAAGUGCGCCGCCAUGAGUUAGCGUCUUCCCGCGAGGAUUUCCAGAAAGUUCUAGAUGCAGUGCGUCACUUUCUGCUCUACGUGGAGCAGGAGCUAUCCGCCCAAGCGCCGCGUAGCGAAUGGCUGACUGGAGACGAGCUAAGUGUGGCUGAUAUCUCGCUGGGACUGCUGCUGCAUCGCCUGUACCAGCUGGGAUUCGAGAAUCACUUCUGGGCCUUUGGAAAACUGCCACAAGUGGAGGCCUACUUCCUGCGCUUCCGGCAGCGCGAAUCCUUCCAUCGCCUGCAGCCAAGCAACUUUGCCAUCCUGCGCGAGAUGUGGAUGAAAACGCCGGGCAACUACAAGCUUGGAGCGGGAGCCGGCUUCCUGGGUAUGGCCAUGUUCGCCGCCUUCGCGCACAAAUGAGCGGAGGAUCGGGAAUCGAGACUUUGUUAACAAAUCCUUUUACUGUUAAAGUUGGGCACAUAUAAACACACGAACAUAAGAACGCUUAAAGCUACGCACUGCUGAUGAAGGAUGCUGGGGUGUCAUGGUAAGAGUCGGCGGAGGAGGAGGAGAAUGAGGAGCAGAUCGCGAUCCAGUGCCAGCCUCGGCUGCUUAGUAAUAUCUUUGAUUCGUCAUAAUUCAUCGUCGCUGAAUAUACAAAAAUUUGGUAUAAAUUCCAA